AUGAAGGCGAAAGAUGACGCCGCCGAGACCGGCCAACUUCCUGAAGGGCAAAACAUAGCCAUGCCAGCGAGAGCCCUUGACCGACUCGCGGGCCAUCUGACUGAGCUAGAACGGAUUCCACCUAGAAGAGACUCGACUGUCACCCAGAGACAUGAAACGGCCCCUGCAGUGCUGGCCGUGUGCGGUGAAGCAGUUGAUCUCGCUCCCAGACUCUCCUUCAGCCCUGCAUACUCCAUCUUCUCUGGGGGAACCAAAGCGUGGAUCAUGGUCAUGGUCACCAUAGCAAGCAUUAUGUCUCCCAUGACGGCCAACAUCUACUACCCUGCCUUGGACGAUGUUGCCCAGGGCCUCCAUGUUUCCGUCGCGCUCAUCAAUUUGACCCUGACGACGUACAUGGUUUUCCAGGGGCUGUCGCCGACAAUAUUUGGCGACUUUGGCGACAUGGCUGGACGCCGUCCAGCCUUCAUCCUGGCGUUCACCAUCUACUUGGUCGCCAACGUUGGCCUGGCGUUGCAGCGAGAUUAUGCCGCCUUGAUGAUACUCCGUUGCUUGCAGUCGGCUGGCAGCAGCGGCACGCUUGCCCUGAGCUACGCGGUCGUCGCGGAUAUCGCCUCGAGCGACGAGAGGGGGCGAUACAUGGGCUUCAUCAAUGCCGGAGUCAACUUUGGCCCGGCCGCCGGUCCCGUAAUUGGUGGAGUCCUCACCUGGUUCUUCGACUGGCCCUCCGUCUUCUGCUUCCUCGCCGUCUUUGUCGCCCUCUGGCUCGUGCCGUGGAUUCUUGCCGUGCCCGAGACCUGUCGUGCCGUCGUUGGUAACGGCGCGAUACCGCCGCCGAAACGGAACAUGACCUUGAUUGACUUUGUUCGGUCCAAGGGAGUCCACCGUCGACCGGAGUCGGCGCCAAAGGUCAAGAUGCGCAUGCCAAAUCCGCUGCGGACCCUCUACAUAGUGUUUCGGAAGGAAGAGGGUCUGAUCCUGGUCAUAUCGGCCAUCAUCUACCUCAACUUCAUCUUGGUCUCGGCCACCAUGUCGACUCUGCUCCAAGAAAUUUAUGACCCUGGGCAGCUGCAGACCGGGCUUUGCUUCUUGCCAUACGGCAUUGGUUGCUGCGCCGCCAGCCUGGUGUCGGGGUACGUUGUCGACUGGAACUACCGUAGACUCGCGGCAAAGCUAGGGCUGCCGAUACGACAAACGACAGGCAACGACUUGAGAAACUUUCCGAUUGAAACGGCUCGCAUCCAGCCGGUAUAUCCGGCCCUGCUUGUCGGAGGCGCCGCGCUCAUCGGUUGGGGAUGGACCCUCGAGGCCGAGGUCACCGUGGCGGUGCCGUUGGUGCUCCUCUUCAUCGUCGGCAUGCUUGUGCCCACGUCCUUUAGCGUUCUCAACACUCUCCUCGUCGACCUCAACCCGGAUGCUCCGGCAACGGCCGCAGCUGCCAACAAUCUGGUGCGCUGCACUUUCGGAGCCGUCGGGACGGCCAUUGUUGACCACAUGCUCGAUGCCAUGGGGAAAGGCUGGUGUUUCACCUUUCUGGCACUCGUCAUGCUAGCCUGCUUUGCAGGGCUGAGGAUUCUGGAAACAUGGGGCCCUCGUUGGCGGUCUCAAAGAGAAAAGAAGGCGACUUGCCAGGAGAAGUGA